UACGACCAUAGACAUUUCUACUACUGUAACAUCGCAGGUUACAACGUCAACGGAUAUAACAACACAAACGACUGGAAUGCAACCUACAACCACCAAACCCCCAAUGACAUCGGAAGGUGAAAGGAUGACUAAAACAGAAGCAUUAACAACGCUUAACACAGUACUUAUGACAGAUGCAACAACGAAACUGUCAACAACAGAGAUAAGAACCUCACAACCUCAAACAACAGCUACCACAAGGGCACGUCGCAGUACGACGUUGUUGAAAACGACAACAGAAGAGCAUACUACUGCGUUGCCAGAAACGUCAGCGAGUACGAAACAGCUGACUUCAUCGCAAAUGACUGCGCAGACUUUAACCUCGACAGGACGUAGGGCAACAACAAAACCUACAUCCUCUACCCUGGGGAAUGCAGUUACAACAAACUUUUUAACAACCACUUCCGAGGGAGACCUUACAACAGAGAUGACAACAAAACCUACACUGUCAAUGUCAAGUACCGACUCUACUACAACAGGGAUCAAAACGUCACCUUCGUCUGAGGCAGUGUCCCUAACCGAUAUCACAACCAAAGUGCCAACAAAGUUUGCAACAAAAUCUGCAACAGGAGUCAGCACUGCAAGACCAACUCAACCAUCCACAGUGGGCAUUUCCACUUCGACUUCAACAAAAACUGAGCGAGCAACAACUAUAGCUACAACUGUUGUGACAGCUCUAGCCACUACGGAAUCCACCCAAGAGAUGUCAGUGGCCACUACGGAACCCACCUCUGAGGCUUCAACCGCCUCUACAGAACGCACCUCUGAGUCUUCAACCGCCACUACUGAACUCACCUCUGAUGUUUCAACCGCCACUACUGAACCCACCUCCAAGGCUUCAACGGCAACUACAGAACACACCUCUAAGAUGUCAACUUCAGAGACCAUGGCAUCAGUACCAUCUACUGCAACACUCCCCGAGACCACCAACGAAGGAACGACUAUCCAGGUCACAACUGUAACAACGAAACCAGAAACGACAUUCACCACCGCUGGCCGUACAACACGAGCUUCUACCAUAUCCUCUACUACAAUACCACCUUUUACAACAAGUGUACAAACGUCUGAGCUGUCUACAAUUGCAACAACGUCCAAAACAACUGGUCGUGCAACUAGGGUAUCAACCAUAGCUUCUACAUCAACACCAUCCCAAGUUACAAGUGGGUUUACAACAGACCAGCACUCAACUGUAACAACAAAACUAGAGACGACUGUACUAACCACUAGUCCUACGACAACAAUGCCAUCUACAACAGCUAGGGAAACAACUGGUCCACGUACAACUUAUAAAACCGUCAUGGAAACAUUAGACACGACUAUCGGUAUUACUACAACAAAAACAUCUACCAUGUUACCUACUGAAACAAUUCCAUUCACAGCAUCAAGUGCAAAAACGUCCGGUCAGGUCACAACUGAAACAACAAAGCCAGAAACUACAACAAUAACUGCUAAGCCAACAACAGGGGCUUCUUCUAUAGCGUCUACCUCAACUAUGACACCCAUGACAAGUGACAUGACAUCUGACCAGAUUACAACUGAGACAACGGUCAAAACCGCUGGUCACACAACUAGGGCAUCAAACAUAGCUUCAACAACAAGCAUAUCAUCCCCAGCAACAAGUGACGUUACAACAGACCAGUUCUCUACUGUGACAACAGCACCAGAGACGGCUGUACCAACCACUAGUCCCACAACAAGGACCUCUUCAAUAGCAUCUACUGCAACAAUACCAUUUACAACAGGAACUUCGUCUAUAUUGUUCACCUCAACUCUGCCAUCAACGACAAGUGAAAUGACAUCUGAUCAGUUUACAACUGAAACAACAGUCAAAACUGCUGGUAGUACAACGGCCUCAACAAUAUCAUCUACUUCAGGACCACCAUCUGAAACAACUACAACGGGCCAGUUCUCAACUGUUACAGCAAAACCAGCAAUGACUGUACCAACUGCUAGUCUUACAACAAGGACUUCUACAAUAGCAUCCACUGAAACAACAAGGAAACCAACAACUGGUCCGCGGACAACUCAUAAAACCGUAUUAGAAACAUUAGGUACAACCCCUGGACCUACAACAAAGACUUCUACCAUGUUACGUACUGAGACAAUUCCAGUCACAACAUCGAGUGCAAAAACGUCCGGCCAGGUCACAACUGAAACAACACAACCAGAAACUACAGGCACCACUGCUAAGCCAACAACAAGGGUUUCUUCCAUAGCGUCUACCUCAACUAUGACACCCAUGACAAGUGACAUGACAUCUGGCCAGAUUACAACUGAGACAACGGUCAAAACCACCGGUCGUACAACUAGGGCAUCAACCAUUGCUUCCACAAGAAGAAUAACAUCUCCAGCAACAAGUAGAGUUACAACAGACCAGUUCUCUACUGUACCAACAGCACCAAACACUACUGUACCAACCACUAGUACUACUUCAACAAUGCCAUUUACAACAAAAAUAGAAACAACUGGUCCGCAUACAACUUACAGAACCGUGCUAGAAACAUCAGACACAACUACCGGCAUUACUACAACAAAAACCUCUACCAUGUUACCUACUGAAACAAUUCCAGUCACGACAUCGAGUGCAAAAACGUCCGGCCAGGUCACAACUGAAACAACACAACCAGAAACUACAGGCACCACUGCUAAGCCAACAACAAGGGUUUCUUCUAUAGCGUCUACCUCAACUAUGACACCCAUGACAAGUGACAUGACAUCUGGCGAGAUUACAAGUGAGACAACGGUCAAAACCACCGGUCGUACAACUAGGGCAUCAACCAUUGCUUCCACAAGAAGAAUAACAUCUCCAGCAACAAGUAGAGUUAAAACAGACCAGUUCUCAACUGUUACAACAGCACUAGAGACGACUGUACCAACGACUAGUCCAACAACAGGAGUUUAUACAUCUACUUCAUCAAUACCAUUAACAACAAUGGCUUCUUCUACAGCGUCCACUUCAACUCUGCCAUCCAAGACAAGUGAUAAGUUAACAACUGAAACAACUGUCAAAACCGAUAGUCGUACAACAACCUCAACAAUAGCAGCUACUUCAGGAAAAACAUCUGAAACAACAAGUAAAGCUACAAUGGGCCAGUUCUCAACUGUUACAGCUAAACCAGCAACGACUGUACCAACUGCUAGUCUUACAACAAGGACCUCUACAAUAGCAUCCACUGAAACAACAAGGAAACCAACAACUGGUCCGCGGACAACUCAUAAAACCGUACUAGAAACAUUGGGUACAACCCCUGGACCUACAACAAAGACUUCUACCAUGUUACGUACUGAGACAAUUCCAGUCACAACAUCGAGUGCAAAAACGUCCGGUCAGUUUACAACUGAAAUAACACAACCAGAAACUACAGCCACCACUACUAGUAUAACAACAAGGUCUUCAUCUAUAGCGUCUACCUCAACUAUGUUAUCCAUGACAAGUGAAAUGACAUCCAGCCAGUUCACAACUGAAACAACGCAAGCAGAAACGACAGCCAGCACUGUUAGUUCUACCUCAAUGGCUUCAUCCAUAGCAUCCACUGCAACACUGCCAUCUACAACGGAUAAAAUGACAUCUGAUCAAUUUACAACUGAAACAACAAUCAAAACCACUGGUCACACAACAAGGCCCUCCACUGUGGCUUCUACAACAAGAAUACUACCACACAUAUCAACUAGAAUUACAACAGGCCAUCUCUCUACUGUAACAACAGAACCAGGGACGACUGUACCAACCACUGGCUUUACAACAAGGACCUCUACAAUAGCGUCCACAGCAAGAAUACCAUCUACAACAACAAGGAAAAUAACAACUGGCCCAAAGACAACCCAUACAACAGUUCUAGAAACAUUACGCACAACUGUUGGUCCUACUACAAGAGCUUCUACCAUCACGUCUACUGAAACAAUGCCAUUUACAACAACACGUGCUACAAUAUCUGGUCAGGUAACAACAGAAACAACAAAGCCAGAAACGACAAGAGAUGUGUCUACGACAAAAGCGUCCCCCAAAGCAUCCACUGCAACAAUAAGUGCAGAAACAACUGGUCAGGUAACAACUAAAACAGCCCAGCCAAGAACCACAGUCACUACCGAUAGUACUACAACAAGUACGUCCUCCGUAUCAUCCGCUGCAACAAUACCUUUUACGACAACAAAUGACUUGACUACAGGCCAGCUCUCCACUGAAACCGAACAAACGACGACGACCUAUCCAACUGUUAGUCCUGUUGUGUUCUCUGCAGCAACAAGUGAAAUAACAACUGGAGAAUUUACAACGUUUACCACUGAACCAAGUACAACAGCCGAAACUGCUACUUCACGAAUGACUUCUACAGUAACACCAACUGUAACAAUGCCAUUUACAACAACCGGCAGAAUAUCAACGACAACCCAGAUUACAACCCAUAGAACGGUACUGGAAACAUUGGCCACAACAGCUGAGCCAACAACAACAGCUGAGCCAACAACAACCGCUGAGCCUAUAACAACCGCUGAGCCUACAACGACCGCUGGGUCUACAACAACCUUUGGGCCUACAACGAGGGCUUCUACAGUACCAACUACUGCAACAUUCCCGGCGACAACCACUGGGCCUACAACAACCGCUGGACAUACAACAACCAAUGGGCCUACAACAACCACUGAUCCUACAACAACAGCUGAGCCUACAACACCCGAUGGGCCUACAACACCCGAUGGGCCUACAACAACCGCUGGGCCAACAACAACAGCUGGGCCAACAACAACCACUAAGCCUACAACAACAGCUGGGCCUACAACAACCGCUAGGCUUACAACAACCACUGGGCUUACAACAACCACUGGGCCAACAACACCUGCUGGGCCUACGGCAACCACUCAGCCUACAACAACAGCUGGGCCUACAUCAACCGCUGGGCCUACAACAACCGCUGAACCUACAACAACCGCUGGGUCUGCAACAACAGCUGGGCCUACAACAACCGCUGGGUCUGCAACAACAGCUGGGCCUACAACAACCACUGGGCCAACAACACCUGCUGGGCCUACAACAACCACUGGGCCAACAACACAUGCUGGGCCUACAGCAACCACUCAGCCUACAACAACCGCUGGGCCUACAACAACCGCUGGGCCUUCAACAACCACUGGACCUACAAUAACCACUGGGUCUACAACAACCGCUGGGCCUACAACAACCGCUGGGUCUACAACAACAGCUGGGAUUACAACAACAGCUGGGUCUACAACAACCGCUGAGUCUACAACAACCGCUGGGCCUACAACAACCUCUGGGCCUACAACAAGGGCUUCUACAGUAUCAUCUACUGCAACUCUCCCGGCGACAACCAGUGAAACAUCUGAGGCUACUACAGAAGUCACCUCUGAGGCGACAGAUGUGAUAUAA